GAGAGGCAGGCAGAGCCUGCCGGUGGCUCCGCACCCAUCGUGCUGCGUUUCCCGGCUCGCUGUCUCCCUGCCUUUGCCCAGGCGCCCGCAAAACUUUUAUUGUCUCGGGCUCCACCGGGGUGUGUGACGAAAUCGCAGCUCUCCGCUGUCGCCACGCUCGCCGGCACCGGCGAUCGAGGGGACGUGCAACCCUCGCCCGCCGCCGGGCUCUUGCGCCCUGCGCUUCCUCACCUGCCGAUUGCUCCCGGGAAUCGCGAGGGGGGACCCCCAAAAGGACCGCGCGGGCGUCGGCUCCCCGAAAUCCUGUUCACCGUUGCGGACCGGCUCGGCGCAACUUUAACUUGAUUCCUGUCGCCCACCCAGGGCACCCGCGGCGGCCGCCGCUGCCGCCGUCGCUGCGGUCUCACAAAGAGCGCGGGGAAGGAAGGCGGCGCGGGCGGCGGGCACGGGCCUCGGGGCUGCCUAGACAAAAGGGAAACUGCCAUCGCUCUGGGCGCCUGUUCCGACCCGUCGUGGGUUCAUCCUCCCGGCCCGGGCUGCCUCUUCGCUUCAGUCCCUGCGGGCUGCGCCCGCAGAGCUCGGACCCCGCGAGCUGCGGGGCGCGCGUCGCUGCUGCUGGUUGGGGCUCUAGGGAUAAUAAAUGAUAGAGGAUACAAUGACUUUGCUGUCUCUGCUGGGUCGCAUCAUGCGCUACUUUUUGCUGAGACCCGAGACGCUUUUUCUGCUGUGCAUCAGCUUGGCUCUGUGGAGUUACUUCUUCCACACCGACGAAGUGAAGACCAUCGUCAAGUCCAGCCGGGACGCGGUGAAGAUGGUGAAGGGCAAGGUGGCUGAGAUUAUGCAGAACGAUCGCCUUGGAGGACUUGAUGUGCUAGAGGCCGAGUUUUCCAAGACCUGGGAGUUCAAGAGCCAUAAUGUGGCGGUGUACUCCAUCCAGGGCCGGAGAGACCAUAUGGAAGAUCGCUUCGAAGUUCUCACCGAUUUGGCCAACAAGACGCACCCGUCCAUCUUCGGGAUCUUCGAUGGGCACGGCGGCGAGACUGCAGCCGAAUACGUAAAAUCAAGGCUCCCAGAGGCGCUGAAGCAGCAUCUUCAGGAUUAUGAGAAAGACAAAGAAAACAGUGUUCUGUCUUACCAAAGCAUUCUGGAGCAGCAGAUCCUGUCCAUAGACCGAGAAAUGCUGGAAAAGUUGACGGUAUCCUAUGACGAAGCAGGCACAACGUGUUUGAUUGCUCUACUGUCGGAUAAAGACCUCACCGUGGCCAAUGUUGGUGAUUCUCGAGGAGUCUUGUGCGACAAGGACGGGAACGCCAUUCCCUUGUCACAUGACCACAAGCCUUACCAGCUGAAGGAGAGGAAGAGGAUAAAGAGAGCUGGUGGAUUCAUCAGUUUCAAUGGCUCCUGGAGGGUCCAGGGAAUCCUAGCCAUGUCUCGAUCCCUGGGAGAUUAUCCGCUGAAAAAUCUCAACGUGGUCAUCCCAGACCCAGAUAUCCUGACCUUCGACCUGGACAAGCUGCAGCCCGAGUUCAUGAUCCUGGCAUCAGACGGUCUGUGGGAUGCUUUCAGCAACGAGGAGGCAGUCCGAUUCAUCAAGGAGCGCUUGGAUGAACCGCACUUCGGGGCCAAGAGCAUCGUCCUGCAGUCCUUCUACAGAGGCUGCCCCGACAACAUCACAGUCAUGGUGGUGAAGUUCAGGAAUAGUAGCAAAACGGAAGAGCAGUGAGCCCCACAGGUUCUCAGCUGCCCUAGACCAGAGGACUCUCCACAUACUGUUCUCUUAAUGUAGGAAAAGGUGUGGGAUUUAUAAUUAGGAUCAUGUGUCCCAACAAAGAGCCCCUUCCCUGGCGACCUCGAAUCCCUACCAGGUAGUGAGCAGGGAGUUCCCUGGCUGACACUGUGGAGGGGCUGGAGUCUGUGUCCCCCCAAUGUUUGAAAUGCAUCUAUAAGUAGCCAUCGACCCCCAGAUAUGAGGCAAAAGGAAGGUAGGCCAUGUAUUCCCUUUCAUGUGCUUUUCACGAUCUUUUCCUUGGUGCCCUCUCAGCACCCGUGGGCAGGGCAGGCCUGUAGCUGCAGGCACCAUGCCAGGGCAUCUCCUGACGAUGUGGUGCCGGUACCCUCGCCUAGCAGAAACACUUUCCCUUUCUGAGCUUGCGAUUUCAGAACUCACAACACUUUAUUAUUUGUUGCCUGCUCUUGGAGACUGAGGGACGCAGAGAGGAUGGGGAGUCGGUGGCAGCUUCCUGCACCCCAGACGGCACCCCUUCCCCACCCCUUCCUUCAUUAGUGUAGGAGACUCUGGAUACAGUUAACAGCCCUGUGCCUCACCCGGGAGCACAGCUUUCCCAUUUGCCCACACCUCACAGCGCGUCAAGGACAGCCGCUGACUUCACCAAGAACCCACAGAAAGGAAUGAAACAGGGUGACGAGCACAUGACAGCGCAGGGUGACCGUCCAUCCCCAGUGAAGAAUAAGGCUGGGAUCAGUCUCAGUGCCCCCCGGGGAGAUGCACUAUCCACAUUGGAGAGGCAGGCAUGAGCCCUGGGAAUCUCCACUCCACCCUCACCAGCUUCUGCUUUUCCGUACAGCCUUCCCGAGCCCAUCCUGGUGGCUUUCAUGUCUUUCCAACAGUGUUGGGAGAAACAGCAGCCUAGAAUUGCCCAAGUGCUGUUCCCAGCCACCACAAAUUGGUAUUUGGUGGCAAACCACUGAGACUUGCUUUUGGGCAAGAGAAAGGCCUUUCAUCUUUCGCUGCAAAUCUCUGUCCAUACCCAGUAGCGUUCCCCAGGCAAACACCAACGGACUGUAAUAGCCUGGAGGAAAAAUAGCAGACUGGCUCCUGGGGGCCCUGUGUGCGCUGGCAGCAGAGCUGGCUGGGAAUGCAAGCAAAAGCCCCAAGAGAUGUGCAGCACUGUUAUCUGGGGGCCUGGGUUGCUGCUCUGCCCUUCCUAACACCAAAGCUGUGGGGGUUUCCCCAGUCUCUGUGCUUUAUAAGUUUGACAGAACACAGUAGGCUGUCCUUCUUGAUUGAAUGAACCAGCCCCAACCAACCAUGAUUUUCACUGUAGACCCACGCCCGGAGCCCGCCUGGUUUUCUUUCUCAGGGUGGGUGUUGUCAGCGUGGCCUCUCAAGGCCCACCCAUUAGCCAUUCCUACCCCACUGCCCAGCCCUGUCCUUCAGCUGCAGAGCUUGCCCAAAGCCCAGAGGACAAAGGGUACCUUGGACUCCGGGCGGGACUGCAGACUGUCUGGACUCCUCCAGGAACUUGCUUUUCUUUGACUUCAUUGAGAAUUAAUUAUGGUUUCCCAGGGACUUUGCUUACUUUUGUAUCCUGUGUUUUCAACAUUGGAAUUAGGGUCUUAGUUACUGCUUUUCAGAAUGUUUUAGUGCAAAGUACAUUCUCUCAUGUUCCAUGAGUGCACUGGCCUGUGGUGACACGGACACAUGGAUGUAUAUUCUGGGUCAAGGGUAACAGAGGAAACGGAUGUGGGUUCAAGUGAUGGAGGUACGCUUCUUGAUUUAGGAUGCUCUAGAGUCCCCACAACGCCUCUUCUAAAACUCUAGAUUUGACAGUCCAUUGGGCAACUUCUUCUUUAUUUUGUAUUUGCUUAACACAAAAGUGUAUAAAACAAGAGGAAAAAUAAUUUGAGAAACAUUUAUUGUAAAGAAAAAAAUGAAAUAAUGAAAUAAUGUUUUGGUGAAGAAGAAAAAAGGGAAGAUACCAAAUUAGCCCACUGGUAUUCCUUGAGCAUGCGGGCGGUGCUGCCUGCACUAGUUAUAAAACCUUCUACUUGAGGCUAUGGACAGCUUGUGAAUUUUGCUCUGAAGACAUAACUUAUUUCUAACUGCAACCAAAUAGAGUAUAUAUAUGAUAUGUGUAUAUCAUAUAUAUAAAUAUAAAUUUCAUAUUCCUUUCUUGCCUCUUCCCCUCCCCCAUGGCUUGUAGACUUUUUUAAAGAUAGAAAUGCUAAGCAGGAUAGUAGUGGUUUGAUGAACAUAUAAACCAGAGUACCCUUGCCCUUCCCCGUGUCCUCCUGGAAUGCUCCUUCUGACCUGGGUCCAGCAGUGGGGAGUCUGCAGUUGGUUGUGGCUGGGCACACUGGCCACCCCAGUCCUCCAGCGGCUCUGGCAGGAUGGAUCUAGCUGCAGGAGAAAUGAAUCUGAGGGAGAACUUGUGAGGCUUCCAUCAACAGCACUGCCAAAGCUUGGGGAUCAUCCCCCAAGGCUGCCCGGACUCCCUGCCCAGCCUGAGUUCGAAUUGCCAAUCGUCCCCACGGUGCCAAAUCUCGGGAGGGUUUUACAGUGUUUCAGAAAUACAGCUGAUGCCGGUCCCAGGCCCCGCUAACCACUCCGCGGCUGCUUUCCUGGCAAUUUGUGCUCUUCAGGUGGGGGAGGGGGAGGGAGAGAGGGCAGGGAAAGGGUUUUUAACGAUUCACUGCAUUUGCAGUUACCUAAUCAUAUAAAUAAACUAUACUAACCUAGAACAACCCAAAGCUCGUCCCCAGGAUCUGUAUUCUUUUAUAAUGUGACCAACUUGGCCCAGCCAAUCUGGAUCACUGACGUACCACGUGACUGUAUGUGCUCACUCCCAGUGGCCAGUGUUAACUUCUGUUCCUUGCUGUGACCCGGAGGGACUGGCCUCUUGAAUCUGGUAUGUGUCAAGAACGUUGCCAAGAGAAGGUUCCAGCAUAGAGCAUCUGCAGGCUAGGUAUCUCAGGCAUGCUUUGUGGCACACAAGUGUAGCGAUUUGGACAUUCUGCACGGGGGUGCUGGUGUUGCUGCUCUGACCCUCUCUGAAGUGGCUCCAGGGAACCGGCUUCACUGUUGCCUAGAGUAUCUGGAAAUGCACGAAGGACUCACCAAAGGUGUGACCCCUCUUUCCUUUGCCAGGUUCACCUUGUCUCUCCUGUGUUUUUGUUGUUUCUCUUCAUUUUCUUCUUGACUUCAGAAAUGCUUUUCCCUCCUUUGGCCCACUGUUACAUAAUCUGAGUUGUCACCCAGAACUGCCUGGGUCUGUCAUAGCAGCAUCCCCGUUUAGCUCUGGAAAAGACGCUGGUCCCAUGCUUCUGCCCACCCCCAUGGAGACCGCAAAGUGUAAAAUGUGAGCUGCUUCUGGCUAAAUCAUUUUUAUGGAGGUCUUUGGGCUAGCUGGAUGCACCUUGCAGGAACAGAGGAGCCUAAUGGCCCUCAAUACAGGAGAACACAUAUUCUAGAAAUGUUUUUCCAAAUACAUGGUUUCAUUGUCACGGGAGUCAGGGAACUAUACUUCAUAGUCUAAAAUAAAUUCAUGACUAAGCUAAAUGCCAUACAGGAGAGGAGAAAAUUCAUACAAAGCCCUAAUACAGUGUCUGUGAGCUUCUUGUUUCCCCAAUUAACUCGAUCCCAGAAAACUCUAGCCCUCCUGACAUUUCAACGGGCUCCUAACCACCACUUUGGGAUGAGUGACAGUACAGUGUGUAAGCCACAGCAAAGUCUUCCACCUGCAAGCCGGCUAAGGACAGAAGCAGGACUGGCUGCUGGGGUCUAAUAUGACCACAAGAGUCUCCCAUUGACGGUAGGAGCCCAGCAAGUCAUGCCUGAAACUAUAGAUGUGGCCUCCCUCCUGUGAGUAGGAAGCGGGGGCCUUGCCUGGCGGGGCAGUUCUCAGCUGUGCUACCACGGUCUUCGGUUGUUCCUCUGUAGCUGUCUUUGCUUUCCAGAUUAAACCAAAAUAUUUUUCUCUCAUUGUUGAUAGUAUAUAUGUGUGUACACAUAUACACAUA